CGGAAGUGACGUACAGGAAGUGACGCUGCUGACAACUCAAGAGAUAAAGUAACGUAACAAACUUCGGUUUCACUUUUGCAGCCAUGCCAGGGUGGUUUUCGGCAACGAAACCAGAUGUUGCUGCGACGAACCGUCUGAAUAUAACCAGUUGGCAAGAAACCCGUCGAGCCUUGUCCGUGAGAGAAGCUUGGUGAAAGAGGAUGGAUGGAGUCAGCUGGGGCACCACAAGGGCCCAGGAGUCGUUCAGAGGCUCCAGGACCGCCACAGAUACACUAUCCAGGCUCGCCAGCUUCAUCGCCACUAAACAACACACACAAAACAAGAGGCAGCAGCAGCCAUCCCACUUGCCUACGUAUGUUUGUCAAGAAUGUGGUAAGGGCUUCCCUUAUGCAACAGAUCUGUUGCAUCACCAGGAACUAGAGCACACAUUACCCAAGCCUCACCGGUGUCCGUCUUGUGGGCAGGAGUUCUCCCUGAGAUCGUCCUUACAGCUACAUACAUGUAAUCAUGACUCUCCCCCAUGUGAGCUUUGUCAUGGAGAGUCACAGCUGAGUUCUCCGUGCCCUGCGUGUGCGACUCGCUCCUCAGAUCCUGGCAGGCAGCAGGACAAGUCACCUCAUCUCCUGGACGGUAGUCCUUACGCAUGUGCCCUGUGUGGGAGAGGCUUCAGCCAGAAGCAGGCUCUGCUGCAACAUCAGCAAGCUGGUUGUAGUGAACCACCGUCCCCAUCAGAUACAGUUGACGCAAGUAGCCUUCCAGAUGAUUCUCCACCUGUUUCUGAGGGAGACUCGACCCGCUCUGAUUCUUCAGACACCCCAGGGCCCAGCAGCAGAGCUGUCAAUGUGUGCCAAUUCUGUUUGAAAACGUUCCGCACAGAUGUUGGACUGCAACGCCAUGAACAGGCCAACCAUGCAGAGGAGCAGCUGAUAGCUCGACAGGGACAAAAGACCAAAGGAGAAGGUACUGGUGGAGAAGCAAGGAAAGGAGGGAGUACCAAGGUGAAUGGAGAUCUAAUUAAAAUGCCAAAAUACAAAACAAAGCUUCUGGACUGCCGCUCUUGCGACAUGGUUUUCAGGAGCACCUCUAAGUUGUACAUGCACAGAAAAGAGAAGCACAGCAGAGAGAAAAAUAUUAUGAGUGAACCGAUGCCUGUCAUUCGCAGGAUCAGGAGACCAGGCACGUAUCCAUGUCAGGUGUGCGGCAAAGUCUUCGUCCAUCAUUUAUCACUUAAGGCACAUUGCAGACAGCACUCAGCGUCAAGCUUCACCGCAAUCAAAAACAACAGCCAGCCUGUAGAAUGUACCACCAAAGACUCCGAGUUAUCAGAAAAUAGACCAAAUACAGUAAAAAGCAGCAUAGCAGAAAACAAGACUGUUAAGGCUGGUCCAGGGAGGCCCAGGAAAGUGGCCAGAUUAGACAACAAGGUUACGGAUCCAGGGAGAUGUAGGGAAGUGCCUGAAGUGGUGGAGGAGGAGGACGACGACGACGAGGAGGAGGAGGAUGAUGAGGAGGAGGAACUGGAGAGAGAGUUCCCAUGCCCCUCCUGUGCUGAGGUUUUCUCUCUGCAGUCGCAGCUAAGGGAGCACGUGGAGCUCCACCAGUCCUCCGUGAAGAGGAGACAGUGCAGUGUGUGCACUAACGAGAUGGACACCUGUAAAUGGCCGGGCUCAAAGAGGCAGAGGCUGUACCACUGUGUGCCUUGCCAGCAGGGUUUCUCAGCACUGGACUCUUUCCUAGAACACUGUCAGGAGCAUCUGCGAGUCAGGGUGGAGGAGGACAAUAUCACAGAGGGCUACACACAGCAGGCCAGCAAAGCCUGAGAUCCAGUUUGAAUGUUGCCUUUUUGCCUUGAAGGGUUAGAGAGCGAAGAGUGAUGAAAUCUUUAUGAAAUUCAGUUGAUUAACUAGUUCAUUAAUUGAGCAUUAAUGUUAUCCAUACCAACAGAUCAAGGGGUAAAAAUAAUGAAUUGUUAAAGGACCAUACAAGGCUUUUUGCGUGUUUUAUUUAGCUGUUUUGACUACAAACCACAUACAUACUUUACUGCCAACCAUUUUCUAAAGCAUACCAGAUUUGUUUUUCAGCAGCCACUUGUUCCGUUUUCAGUGUAAAUCAACUUGUGUGUUGAGAUCCAUUACAGUGACCGUUUAUGUAGUUAACUUUUAACAUUAUCACUGCAUGUUAAUACAUUUAAAAGCCGAUCAUUUCAGUGUGUUAAUGUGCUUAUGGGACGUUCCACCGUCUCAAAUUUGAGUGCAGCGUUGUAUUAACAAGCUAUGUUGUUGUGAAAUAAACAAGAAUCAAAUGUGGGCAUUGCAAAAAGGAUCCCACAAGCCCUUUUUUGCAUCAAUUAAUGAACACUUUUCAAUUUCAUAAUCAUUUUCAGCUUUAUUAAAACAUAAAUAUAACACAACUUUGACUUAACAUAAAGCCAAUGGGUUCACUGUGAUGGAUCACUUAUGUCUAGCGUGUCUGAAAAGUUGGAAAAAAAACAUGCAUAAAACACCAGUAUGAUUCUUUUAAUAGAGUUUGGCAAAUCCAUUCUAUUUUACUAUCACUGACACCACUGUUUCGCACAGAUCGGGACCUCGUUUCACUAAAACAUCUUAAAGCUAAGAUGGUCUUAGCCCAUAGACUUACGGUGGGACUAAAGAUCAUCUUAGCCUUAAUGUGCUUUUUGGGAAGCGAGGCCAUCUGCACAACCAUGGUACGUUCUAGCCAAAGCACUGCCAGAGAUAUCUUGUUUGCUAUUCUAUUUUUACACCAGACAUCUGGAGUGCUUUAGCUAAGUAAAGUCAGAUAUGUCUCCUGCUGUAUUUUAGUUAUUUUCCUCACAAAUUUGGCAAUAAUUAGUCGUAUAUGGUGGGAACUCUGGUUGUCACUUGCUGGAUCAUCACCAUUGUGUGUUGUUGGGGCACUAGGUUGGCAAUGUAGUGCUUCAGUCAAGACUGCAAGGUAUUUCCCAAGGUAUGAAUGAAAUCACAAAGUAUGAAAUGUUAACAUGUUUUGAGCAUUUCUGUGCUGUUUCCAGGUUCCAACAUGUGGUAGUUAUUGUCAUAAUCUACAGAACGAUCAAACUUUGAAUGGCUGUCACGGGUAGCUGCACCCAAUACAAAUUAUUUUUAGCUGGCAUAUACUUGGGUGAGAUUACCUAGCUAUGCAAACCGAUAGACUGAUGGCAGCCCGUCAGUAUGUCUGUGAUGCUUGAUAAGUGUGCUCUGGUGAAUGAACAAGAGUCAACAUGAGGGUGAUGGGUUUUUUCCUGAUGGAUUUACUGUUUUCAAAGUUCUACUGUGAAAAUGUAAAAACAAUGAUUUAAUAGGUUUGAUGCUUCCACUUUUUCAAGGUCUUUUGUAAAUUAGUUUGUGGCUCUUUGUAGGUAACAAUAAAAACAGUUCUCAUGAGA